AUGGUUAAACUAGACAGAAUUGAAAAGAAAGAAGCUAAACCAGGAAAGGAAGAAGUGAAAUUAGUAAAAGCAGAAGACAAAGCUAGGCUGCACAUACCUCGUUCAGAAGCAAUUAAAGCUCCAGAAGAAAAAACAAAAGUAAUCACUGAAGCUAAAAAGGUGACAACUGCAGAACCUGAUGUUGCUAAAGAAAAAAUUUUUGCAGCAAAAAAAGCACCUGAACCUGAAAAAGAAAAGAUAUCCCCACCAAAGAAAGUUACUCAGGAAAAAACAGAAGAGAAACUUUCAAGAGUGAAAGAUGCAGAACAUGAAAAAGCGAAACCAAAAUCUCCUACAACCCCUUCAUUGAAAGAUCUACCUACUUCAAAAGAAGAGAAGCAACUCCUGAAGGAUAGACCAUUGAGUACCCACCAUCCAUCCAUCCAUUCUGCUUCGAAACACACUUAUCCAGAGCACCAGCCAUCCAAAAUGUUACUCUCCGAUAAGACACAACCACAAAAGACUGAUUCUGAAAAACAUGAAAAAAUUACACACUCCCCAAAAGCAGAGAAGGUUCUAGUUCCUGAGAAAAAGGCAGCUCCUAAAGAAGGAAAACCAAAAGCAGAAGACUUGACAACAUCAAAGCAAUCAAGCACAAUGCGUUACUUUCAGUGUGUAUUUGUGGAUGGAAAUAAUGGCUACCACACUGGUUUCCCCUUUCCAAUGCUAAACCCAAAUCCACAGUCACUGAAGAGAGAGACAAGAGCACCGGGACAUUAACACCAAGGAGUCAGAGGGAUUUUUGGAAAUUUGCACUACAAACUUGUUGUGGGGCUUUCGGUCAUGCUAUAGAGAUCAGAGACGGAUAUUGGCAUUUUAAACAGUAUUCUGCUGACUGGAGAGAUGGAUGACUGGAAGGAUGAAGUUUUUUUUUGCUU